GCCUUGGCUGCCAACAUGGCCUCCCGACUCGUCACCCGUUUCCGCACGCGCGAGAUCGCUGCCGUGCUCCAGGCCGCGCCCCAAACCGCCGCCGCCGUCGCGCAAGAGGGUGGGCCCGUGAAGGUCCAGAACCCGUUCGUGCCACACAAGAACCCAGAGACUGGCCGCUGGGCGCCGCCCAAGUACUCGCGGCGCCGCCAGGCAGAGCUCAUCAAGGCCGCACGGGCGACGAACACGUUGCACUUGCUCCCGCCGGGCCCGAAGCUCGGUCGCGCGGUGCUCGAGGCGGCCGCGAAGGCGACGCCGAAGAGCGUGCGCCCGCGCCCCGCGGACCCUGCUGAGCUCUGGGCGAAGCAUGUGAGCUGGACGGGCAGGCUGCGCGAGAAGAAGGUCGCGGGCGCGGACGUCGGCAGCAGGCUGUACGCGGGCAAGAAGAGGAUGUUCAAGGGGCACAAGUGGCAGAGGACGAUGCCGACGAGGGAGCUCAGGCGCAAGAUGGUAUUGAAGAGCAUGAAGAGCAGAGUUCGCCGGUUCAAGUCGGUGUACCGCCGCAGAAGACCGAGCCCCUUGGGUCGACCAAAGGUCACUGCAAAGGGAGCUAAGCUUCCGUUCUAAUCCUUCCAGCUGCCAUAGAAUUAUCCUACCCUAUUCUUCUGUCGCCGGUUACACUAUAUCUACGGCGUUUUGCUGCAGCAAAAAAUCCGGUCCACCAACUCUACUCG